AAACAGAGCUAUUUUGUGAAAUAGAAUAGAAUAGAGAAUGUCUGCAAUCAGAUCGAAGCAAUAUUAUGCCACUAGCAGUCUCGUUGUUGGCUAUGCCUUGUGUUCAAGCUUGCUUGCUGUGAUCAACAAGUUCGCCAUUACUAAUUUCAACUAUCCAGGUCUUCUCACUGCAUUACAGUACCUAACUUCAACUUUAGGUGUUUGGAUUUUGGGCAAAUUUGGUUUCUUACAUCAUGAUCCUUUUACAAUUGAAAAUGCUAAGAAAUUCUUGCCUGCUGCAUUUGUUUUUUACUUGGCAAUCUUUACUAAUACUAAUCUAUUGCGUCAUGCCAAUGUGGAUACGUUUAUUGUGUUUAGAUCGUGUACGCCUUUACUUGUUGCAGUUGCUGAUACUGCUUUUAGGAAGCAGCCAUGUCCGUCUAAGUUGACGUAUUUGGCAUUGGUUGUUAUUUUGGGUGGUGCAUUUGGGUAUGUUGCUACGGAUUCAGGGUUUAAUUUGACGGCGUAUUCAUGGGCGUUGGCGUAUUUGAUGACUAUUACGACUGAGAUGGUUUAUAUUAAGCAUAUGGUUACGAAUCUAGGGUUGAAUACUUGGGGUUUUGUGUUUUAUAAUAAUUUGUUGUCGUUGAUGAUGGCGCCUUUGUUUUGGAUUAUUACUGGGGAGUAUGUCGAUGUGUUUAUUGCGAUGGGAUCGAAUGGAAAAGGGAAUUUGUUUCAUCCUGUUGCGUUUGUGGCGGUGGCGUUGUCGUGUGUGUUUGGAUUGCUUAUUAGUUUCUUUGGAUUUGCUGCGAGGAAGGCGAUAUCUGCUACUGCUUUUACAGUAACUGGGGUUGUGAAUAAGUUUUUGACUGUUGCGAUUAAUGUUCUUAUUUGGGAUAAGCAUGCUAGUCCGUUUGGUUUAGGGUGUUUGUUGAUGACUAUUGCGGGAGGGGUUCUUUAUCAGCAAUCUGUAACUGGUGUUACUAGUGCUCCACCACAACGGGAUUCAGCUGUCUCUAAACAGGACAAUGGGAAUGACCAUGACAACUAUGGAGAUAGUGAUGAAGAGAAGGGAAUGUCUGGUACCUUCUCCAGCCGCUGAAUAGCUAGCUCUACUAUAGGGCGUGUCUACAAAGAGCAAAACCAAAUUGCAGACGGGCUUGCCAACUUGGCUACUUCUGGGACUGUUGACACUUGUUUACAAGUUUUUUGGGACACUCCACAUCAUCCAUCUGAAAUUUUG